AUGGUGGUUUCGUUUCGAGAUGACCAUAGAAAUCAAGAAAGUGAUGAAAUUCCAAAGAAGAACAUUAGUGGUGGAGAUUCAAGUAGCUCAAUCAAUGGAGGAUCUAUAGCAGUCACAAAACAAGAAAAGAUGGUCGAAACGGCUAACAACAAGCAUGCGCUCUCUGAGCGCGAACGUAGAAAGCGAAUCAAUAGCCAUUAUGACUCUCUCCGACAAUUAUUUCCAGGGUUGCUAAAAACCGACAAGGCUUCCGUGCUAACGGAGACGGUGCAACAUUUAAAGAAGCUCAAAAACAUGGUUGCAAACAUCGUGACGUCGCAUGAGGAUGGAGACGGGUGUUCCAUGUGCCAACCAAUUUUCAUCCCUAGUGAGUAUGACGAAAUGUCCAUUAGCUAUUGCGACAAUGGCGAUAAGACAACUGUCCGAGCAAUUAUCUGUUGUGAGGACAGACCGGAUCUCAACCAUGGCUUGACAAAAGCAAUUCGGUCGGCCAAUGGAAAGGCGGUGAUGGCCGAGAUGGCAACAGUGGGCGGACGAACAAAAAUGGAUAUGGUGGUCGAAUGGCCACAGUGUCGUGACAUAGGGGAGGAUAUUGGGUUGUUAAGGAGGGCGUUGAAAGCAGUGGUGGAGGAUCAAAUCCUUGGUCGGGCCAAGGUCAUGGGCCAUGGGUCUAUUGAACCAGAUUUUAUUGCAUUGGGCCAAAGCGCGUGGCGUUUGGUGAUCUGA